AUGCCAAUGCUGCAGUACCCUUUUGCAAGAUGGCGUCUGCUGAAUUUCCGCCCGAGUGCAGAGGAGUGGAGUGAAUGUAACCUAGACAACUAUCAGACCACGGUGUUAGUUUUUGCCAUUGCGAGGUUUGUCGUGGGUGGUGUCGUUGGGCUUGUUGUGAUUUUAUGCCUGAUUGGCAAAAACCUCUCUGAUAGUUGUGGAGGCCGUAAACAAUACCCAAACCUUUGGUGCCCGCUGAGGGGUUACGCGGCAAAUUACACCAAGGAAGUUCUUGUCCGUCCUGUCUUGUUGAGCGUGGGAGUCUUUUUGCUUUUGUGUGAUGGCCUGCGUGUGGGUGUGUGUUUCUCAGCAUUGAUUGCUCUCGCAGACGAGGGAAAUUGA